AUGUGUGAUGUGUGUCUCAUGGCCAGAAACCAAACCACCUAUAUAUAUAAGGAUCUAGCAACCCAUUCAAUACACAUAAGUGAACACAAUGUGUAUUGGCAAUAACAAAGAAUACAUGGCACCAUCUUCUCUUCUUUUGCAUAACCAAAAAGCGAAAUCGAAGCUUCAAAUGCGGGUCAAGGUUCGAAUUCGUAGGCUUAAAAGGGUUAACAAGUUUAUCGAAGAACCGACAAAACAUGAAAUGGAGAUGAGAAACCUGAAGUUGUACAUGGAGAACAUGAGAAUCUUGAAGGAAAAUGAAAGGCUGAAGAACAAAGCCAAAAUGCUUCAUCAAGAAAAUCUUGAUCUUUUAUUAGAAUUAGAGAAGAAAAAAGUCAAACUUUGAUCUUUUCUCAAGUACCCUUUUACCUUGAUGAUCAUUUUGAUAUAUGGGCACCUUUGGAAUUUAGAAAAACACAAAGAAUCUAGUAUUUUUGGGUGAUUAAUUUGCUAUAAUUCUUAACUAUUAUGGUGUAGGGUGAUAGAAGAAUGGUAGUAUGAAGUCAGAAAUGAUUUUAUUAAUCUAUUAGAUUUAUUAUAAAUGACUUUUGUUA